AUGCCCCAGUCCAGCUUGAUAGACAAUCCUCUUCUGAGGGUGUCUCGUCCUGUAUCUGCAUGCUCAAGAUGCCGCUCCGCCAAGGUGAAAUGCGACGGCAAACUACCAGCUUGCUCUGCGUGUGAAAAGGCAGGGCGAGCAAACGAAUGCUCAAGUGCUAGCGAUCAGUUUGCGAGGGGGAAGGAGCGAAGCUAUGUCGCCGCCCUGGAGCUUCGUGUUGAGAAACUGGAGAAGCAGAUUCGCUAUGCCAAGGAGCGAAAGGCGUCCAUGGCUCUCCAUGAGGGAGAGACCCUUCCCACGGAUAUCGACCGCAAAGACUCCAUGGCUGCUAUUCGCGUCGCUGUCCAAAGGAAGGCGGUGAUGAAGCAGGAAAAGGCCGACUUGGACUCUCUCGUAUCCGACUUUGGUCUGCUGUCCGUCGACGCUACAUCACGAGAUGUUGAGCCAUCAGUCAGCGGUGGUUCAGCCUUUGCAAAGCUUCUUUCUGUAUCCUGCUAUCGGCACCGACUCCCUGAUCCAAAGGAUAGUGGACUCCCUCCGCAGGAAGAUGCGCGAAGGCUUGUGCAGUACUACAUGGAUAACGUCUAUGCCCUUUAUCCGUGCUUCGCCGAGAAGACCAUUUGGACAGUCCUCGACAGUAUGUACCAGCCCGCCGGGGGACACUCGCUCAAAUUUAGUGAUUACUGGCUCUUCUGGGCCGUCUUGGCCGUGGCGUCGGCUGCCCAGAGCCGCGGAAUGAACGACCCGUUCUACGAAAGUGGCGUGGAUUUCAUCGCACGCGCGGUGCCGUACGCCGAGAGGGCUCUCACGCCUGGAGUGCGGGCCACGAUCCCUUCCCUGAUUCUCCUUACGCAGUACGCCAUGUACGACACGAGACAUUUUGAUCCGUGGCACUGCAUGGGCUUUACGACGCGGGUCGUCCUCGAGAUGGGUCUCCACCAGGACCCUCCACCACAUGACGUGAAGGACAAGAGCGAUCUUGAGACGAGGAGGAAGAUGUUCCAUUGCGCAUACGCACUAGAUCGAGCUGUCAGCAUGGGCCACGCCCGUGCCUUUUCGUUUACGGAUUCGACCGUAGACGUAGGCUUGCCCAGUUCAACAGAACUUGGGAGGAUCCCUUCGAUUUCAGGUCACAUCACCGGCCCGCAAUCCAACGAUCCCGCGCUGCACCUGUUCCAACUCCGGAAGCUCCAAUCCAGCUGGUACCAGACGCUCUACCAAGCUGGAGAUUCUAUCAUACUGGACGCGCAGUCAUACCUCUGGAAGAGUUGCCACGAUCUUCGGGAAUGGGCCGAGCAGCUUCCACCUACGCUACCGAACGAUAUUCGCCGUGCCUUUGACCUAGAACUUGAGUGGAGCUACGUCUAUUGCCUGAUGCCGUCGACGAGAGCGCCUCACAUGACGGAAUACCGACAGUCUCUUACCUUUGAGCACGCCGUCGCCUUCAUUGAGCGAAUGCACGAAACGGUUUUCGAAGCUGGCCAGACGGCCUUUACGACGUACUACGACGUUAUGCGCGUGUAUUUUAUCGGGUCUCAGCUCGCCUCAAUCCUCCGCGACGCCUUCGAGCUCAUCGUGUCAGGCCGGCCAGCAGCGUUACCGCACAGCGAUGCAACUGGAGUGCCAGCACCACCCGUGCCGCACCGGUUCUUCCAGCAGCAGUUCGAGGAUAAUCUGCAGCGCAGCCUCAAGGCGAUGAGGUUCGUAGAUGAGACGCUCGGCAAAUUCGGGGAGAGAUGGGAGGAUGCGCUGCAGCUACUGAACUUGUUCGGGCAGGUUAGCAGGGAGGUGAGGGGGAUGUUGGAGCAGAGGGCGGCGCAGAUGGGGAUGAGGCAGGGUGUACAGCAGCAGCCGCAGCAGCCACUCCAGCAGCAGGGCCAUCUGGGAGGAUAG